GGCUGCUUUGAAGAGAGGGGAUAGCGUUAUCUAUCAUGAUCAAUAAUGGUUUAGUUCGUGUUGCAUAAAGAGGUUUUUAAAAUCAGUCGAUGGAAUUAGGGCUCCUCUUUACUCUAGUACUGUUUUAUAUGACCGGUGAACACAUAGAAAAGACUAUUAGACGUGUAGCAGUCAUAGGUGGAGGCCCUGGAGGAAUUGCUGCUAUACGGGCUUUAAAGAAGGAAGACUCAUUUAGCACAAUUACAGUUUAUGAAAGGAAUGAGCAAAUAGGUGGUGCUUGGUUAUAUUCUCCUGAAAGAGAUCCUCCGCCAACUCUUCCUUCAACGAACGCUUUGCAAGUGGACGAUACUUUAAAAGUUGGCAAGACUCAUUCGCCCAUUUAUGCUAAUCUACAUACAAACUUACCAACCACAGUCAUGAGUUACCGAGACGUGCCUUUUGAUAACAAGACUCCUUGCUUUCCUUCUCAUGUGUAUGUUCUAAAGUAUCUUCAAGAUAUUGUUGAACAUGAAGGAUUGAUGCCCAUGAUAAAAUUGUCGACAAGAGUAGAUAAAGUUGAUUAUCACUCCAGCUGGACGGUAACUUCUACCAAUUUAAAAACUGGCGAACAAUCCGAGGAAGAGUUUGAUGCUGUAGUUGUAGCUAAUGGACAUUAUACGGUCCCUUAUAUCCCUGAUAUUCCUGGUAUUGAUGGGUUGCAUAGCAAUAAACGGGUUGAGGCGUUACAUUCUAGAGACUAUCGCGAACCAAGUAUAUUUAGAAAUAAGACAGUACUCGUUGUUGGUGGAAGCUAUUCAGGUUUAGAUAUUGUUAGAGAAGCAUCCAGUGUGGCUCAUAGAAUAUAUCACUGUAUCCGAACUCAAACCGAGUUAACCCGACAGGCAUCAGAAACAAAUACACCCAAUGUGGUGCAGAUUGGUCUAUUAAAAGGAAUCGUCUGUACAGCUGAUACAUGCAUUAUCGAAUGCAGUGAUGGACAACAACUUCAGAACAUUGAUAUCGUCGUGUUUGCAACUGGAUACCUUUUUAGCUUUCCAUUUCUACCCUUCCAAGAGAAUAACUUAAUUCAAACUGGUCAAAAAGUGCACAACCUACUACACUACAUGUUUUACGCACGUAACAAAACACUCUGUUUCAUUGGUGUACCCAUUCGUGUUGCUCCAUUCCCCCUUAUGCAGCGUCAAUGCACCGUUAUGGCGAGGUACUGGAGUGGUAAAAUUCCUAUCCUUCCAUUUAAAGAGGAAAUAGGAGACAAGGAUAGUCGAAAUGACAUUACCAUGGGUGUCGAUCGUGAGUGUGAGUAUAAUAAUCUGUUGGGAGCAUGGGCAGAAGGAUGGAUCGGACGAGAUAUGAACGAAUGGGACUCACAAGACGUGAUUACUGGAAGGUUAUCAAAUGAAUGGAUUGAUACUCGCAAGAAUGCACUGCGUCUUCGAAAAGAAUAUUUAGGUUAUUAAAAGUUUAUUGUUCUUUUAAACAUCGACUGCAUUGACAAAUAAAGU